ACCAUCCCUUGCAAAAUUUUGAGUGUCGAGCGUCUUUUUCAAUUGGAAACAGUCUGCUGCAAGAAACUCGAUGAUGAAAAAAAAGGAAGAUAGAACAAAGUGAGGAAGGCUCAGCUCCAGUGAGACCAGCUGAAGCGAGAAGGCCUCCUCUCCUCGCCGUAACGCUUGUUCGAAGAGCGACGAACGCGGAUUCCUCGAUCGGCAUGGAAGAGUUGUGCAAGCGGAUCAACCAUGGAGUGCUCAUGAAGGAUAAAAAACAGGAUUAUAAACAGAAGUUCUGGGUCGACGAAGAUCUCGAAAAGAAUUGCUUCUUGUUGCUUGCUAAAAAGUUAUCCAUCAUUUGGAUCGAAGAAAAGCAAUACUGGGAUUGGAUUGACGAAGCGGAAAAAUGUUACAGCGGCGAAGUAAAGGUACCCGUGGCGAAGCUGUUGAGUGUGUGCUGGCUAAAAAUUUCGGGCAGGUUUAAGACGAUUACACUUUCUCCAAAGACCACAUAUGAGGUUGCCUUUGUGGUGAAAAGGAGUGUAGAUAGCAGUGGGUGGGGCGCUCCGGUGAACUUAAAACUCACUCUGCCGGAUAAAAGCACGCAGGGACGCAUUGAGAAUUUGUUGGUGAAGCCGAAGGGUGAAUGGAUAGACAUCCCUGUCGGUACAUUCAUGACUACUCCGGAGAAUGUUGGCGAGAUAAGCUUUUCCUUCUCUGAAACGGGUAACCAUUGGAAGUCCGGACUCCUCGUCAAAGGUGUUAUCCUUCGACCAAAAGAUUGAGCAUCAAAUCUGUAACAAAGCUUGAAUAUGCAACAUUCCUAGGAAAAGAGAAAAAGCGAAAGGUGUGUUGUCUAGUGAACUCUUUAGUACUAAACAAGUUUCUGUUGUUUCAUCAAGAUGGAAGUGCUUGGUGGAUGCAAUUUCUCUGAUAAAUGAAUGUUCUGGUUUGUCUUAUCUAGAUGUAGCUAUGCUUGACUGAAGAGUGUGAUUUAUGAUAUUUGUGUACCGCCACAACGUGGUGUCGUUGGCACAGAUUAUACAGUUGGUCUUCGGAU